GCACCGCCUCCGCCGCCGCCGGGCGCGGGGGGACAAGCGGCGGUGGCCGAGCGGCCGCGCCCUCCGCCAUGAACCUGCACCAGGUGCUGACGGGUGCCGUGAACCCUGGGGAUAGCUGCUUCUCCGUGGGCAGCCUGCGCGACCAGCCCUUCACGGCAUAUGCAUCAGGAUGUGAUAUUGUGGUACUGGGGACUGACUUUGAAAGAUUACAGAUAAUCCCUGGAGCAAAACAUGGAAACAUUCAAGUGGGAUGUGUGGACUGUUCAAUGCAACAGGGGAAGAUUGCAGCUUCUUACGGAAAGGUGAUUUGUAUCUUUGAGCCAGUUAGCCUCUUGAAGCAGAGCAGCAGUCAUCAUAAUAUGUUACAUUACCAGUGGCAGAAGAAUGCGCAAAUCUCACUGGAAGCCAUAGCACAUAAUCUAACGUGGGAUCCCACAGGUACUCGCCUUCUGACUGGUUCCAGCUGUCUUCARCUUUGGUCCAAUGUUCCUUUGGAGAACCCUGCUGACAAUGACAGUACUGAAAGAAUAGAUGUUGGUCUUGGAGAGUGGMGAUGUAUCUGGCAAUGCAAAACUGCUUCUCAAGUUUGUUUAAUGAAAUUCUCACCAGAUGGGGAGUUUUUUGCUACUGCAGGAAAGGAUGACUGUCUUGUGAAAGUGUGGUACAACACAGAGAGCUGGCGGUCAGCUGUAACACCAGCUGGUGUCAGUCCAGAAAACCAAGCAAAGGAGCUUGAUUUUUCCUUUGUUUAUUUGGCUCAUCCUCGAUCAGUAAAUGCAUUUUCAUGGAGAAAGACCAGUAAAUUCAUGCCACGUGGUGCAGUCUGCAAUGUACUCCUGACUUGCUGUAAGGAUAAUGUUUGUCGUCUCUGGGCAGAGACUUUGUUACCCAAUGACAGUCUGUUGUACGGGGGAGGAUACACCAAUUGGAGUGAAGCAGUGCAYUUCACAAAUAACUUCAAGAGAAAUAUUUCAAGUAAAGAAAAAGUGCAGAGUGCUUUAGAGUUAAACCUGAGGCACUUCAGACGUGGGAGGAGGAGGUCUGGUGCUGUUGUAGCACAUACUGGAUAUGCUCCACAUCAGCGAGAUCCUCAUGAAGCUCACAGGAACAUUCCUCCUCAUGCAAAUGCCCUUUGCCACUUCCAUAUUGCUGCCAGUAUCAAUCCAGCCACAGAUAUUCCUCUACUCCCCUCUAUCACRUCUCUGAGUCUUGGUGAAAAUGAAGAAAAAAGUGGACCUUUUGUUGUGCACUGGCUAAACAACAAAGAACUUCAUUUUACCUUAUCUAUGGAAGUGUUUUUGCAACAACUUAAAAGGAGUUUUGAACAUCAUUCUCCUGAGACUAAUACUGAGGAUUCUAAUCAAAUGGAUGGCAAAUCAGAAGAAGAGGCUGAUGAAAAAGGAGAUGAACAGAAAGGAAACCAAGAAAAGAAGGAACUGGGUGAUGAGAAAGCUGCUCCAUAUUCAAGCCUUCUUCCUUUAUCCUCUGCUAUUAUUGAUCAUGAAAUUGAAGUUCUGCUUUCUGAAUGGAACAAAAAUGCUGACAUGCUCUUCAGUAUACAUCCUAUGGAUGGCUCCCUGCUGGUAUGGCAUGUGGACUGGCUAGAUGAAUACCAGCCUGGCAUGUUUCGUCAGGUGCAGGUGUCAUUUGUCUCAAGAAUUCCAGUUGCAUUUCCAACGGGUGAUGCAAACUCUCUUUGCAGAAGUAUAGUGAUGUAUGCUUGUACCAAAAAUGUUGACUUAGCUAUUCAACAAGGCAAACAAAAGCCUCCUGGCCUUACGCGAUCUUCAUCCAUGCUUAUCUCUUCUGGACACAGUAAAUCAACCAACAGUUUAAAACUGAGUAUCUUUACACCUAAUGUUAUGAUGAUUUCCAAACAUGCAGAUGGGUCACUGAACCAGUGGCUAGUGAGUUUUGCUGAAGAAUCUGCUUUUUCAACUGUACUCAGUAUUUCACAUAAAUCCCGAUACUGUGGACACCGUUUUCAUCUUAAUGAAUUGGCUUGCCACUCAGUAUUACCACUGCUGCUUACAACCUCACAUCACAAUGCUCUAAUUUCACCAGAUGUUGAGAAAACACUACAGGCAAAUGAUUCUUUGAAGUCACAGGAGUCACCAGUAAGACCUCAGAAUAGAGGCAAUGCAAAUGUGACAUCCCAGGAUCCGAACGCUGUUUACAGUGAACUUAUUCUUUGGAGAGUAGAUCCUGUUGGGCCUUUGUCCUUUUCUGGUGGAGUUUCUGAACUUGCUCGGAUCAAUUCUCUUCAUGUUUCAGCUUUUUCUAAUGUUGCAUGGCUGCCCACACUUAUACCCAGCUAUUGCCUUGGUGCAUACUGUAAUUCUCCAAGUGCCUGCUUUGUGGCUAGUGAUGGACAGCAUUUAAGAUUAUAUCAAGCUGUAAUAGAUGCUAAGAAACUUCUGUGUGAGCUCUCCAAUCCAGAAAUUUCUAAAUAUGUCGGUGAAGUUUUUAACAUCAUAAGUCAGCAAUCUACAGCUCGCCCAGGAUGUAUCAUUGAAUUGGAUGCCAUCACAGAACUUCAUGGCCGGAAAACACAGUUAUUCCAUGUUUUUCAAGAAGACUUCAUUUUGAAUAACCAGGAGAAGGAAAUGCCUUCAAAGAAGAACAAUUUAUCAGACUCUGGAAACCAGCAGAAUGGAUUCUCUGAAAAAUUCUACUUAAUAGUGAUAGAGUAUACUCAAAAUCGUUCAUUGCUACACAUGUGGCAUUUGCAUUUGAAGUCAGUUCCUGUCUCAAUAGAUGAAAAUAUAGGUUCAAAUCCAUCUGAAGAAGCAACACACACGGAAGAAUUAUAUUCUUCACCAGAUCCAGAGAAGAUCCAAUCACCUUUCACUCAAAAGUACCGAGCCUGUAAAGCAAACCUUCAGAGCACCAGCAGACUUACUCUGUCUUCCAAAAUGGUGUAUAGUCAAGAGCUGGAUAUGCCAGAAGGAGUAGAGAUAAUAAGUGUAAAGCCAUCAGCAGGACAUCUUAGUUCUUCUUCCAUAUAUCCUGUUUGUCGUGCACCUUAUCUGCUGGCUACUUCCUGCUCUGAUGGAAAAGUUCGAUUUUGGAGAUGCAGAGUUGUCACUGAAUCAUCAGUUUCUUCCAUGCCAGAAAAUAGCACACAGAGUGAUAUUAAGUAUGUCUGGGAAGAAUGGCCAUUACUGAUUGAGGAUGGACUUCCUAAUAGCAGUGCUAUUAAUGUUCCUGGGAGGCCAACUGAAGUCAGCUGUGCGCACACAAACAGAUUAGCAAUAGCAUACAAGCAGGUAGCAUCUAAAAACAGUCAUCUUUCUCAAGAUUUUGUGAUGCACGUUAGUAUUUUUGAAUGUGAAUCUACGGGGGGUUCUUCUUGGAUUUUAGAGCAGACAAUUAAUUUAGGUGAGAUAGGCACAAUGUUAGACUCUGGUGUUAAUGCUGAUAACAAUUUAGUGGCAUGUAACCAGCAAGACACUUCUCUUUCUCAUGGUGGGAAUAUUACACCGAACACUAAGCACUUGGUACACUUAGAUUGGAUGUCUAGGGAGGAUGGUUCACAUAUUCUGACAGUGGGAAUUGGAUCAAAACUUUAUAUGUUUGGUCAGCUGUCUGGAAAAAGGCAAGAACAAAAUGGUAAUGAGAUUGUAGCAGUCUCCCCUAGUGGAAGUCCUAARGCUGCAACCCUUUCUGGGUUUGUUUUGUUGCGUUGUGUUGACUUGGUUUCAUCUGUAGAGGGGUCACCCCCUUUUCCUGUAUCCUUGUCUUGGGUGCGUGAUGGCAUUCUUGUAGUUGGAAUGGAUUGCGAAAUGCAUGUUUAUUCCCAGUGGCAGUCUCCUUCUAAGCAGGAACUGGUUAGUACAGAUUCCUACAGUGGAAGUGUGCCAUGCAUAACUAGCUUAAUKAAACAAAGCCAGUCAGCUGCCUCAGGUCUGCAUCCACCAAAGAGAACCUUGACUAGAUCUAUGACCAGCCUUGCACAGAAGCUUAGUGGGAAAAGAUCUGCCAGUGAUCUCUCUAUGGACAUGGAAGAUUCUGGUCUUUUUGAAGCAGCUCAUACAUUAUCUCCAACUUUACCUCAGUACCAUCCAUAUCAACUGCUGGAACUCAUGGAUCUUGGUAAAGUGCGCAGAGCAAAGGCCAUUCUGUCCCAUUUGGUGAAGUGCAUUGCUGGAGAAGUUGUUGCUGUAAAUGAGUCGGAGCCUAAUCAUGACAAGAGGCUCAGAUCUCUGACGAUCAGUGCUAGUGGAAGUACUGCAAGAGAUCCCAAAACGUUCAGCAAAACAGAGACUACAGAYUACGUUGAAAUAGACUCUGUUCCACCAUUGCCUUUGUAUGCUCUGCUUGCUGCGGAUGAUGAUGUAUCUUAUUCCUGUUCAGAGAAAUCCAACAAUCAAAAUACUCAAAAUGAAAAGGAUAUGCCCAAUGACAGUUAUGAAAAUCUCUUUCAAAAUACUGUUAUAAGUACAGAUGACCUUGUCACAUUUGAAUCAGAUGAAGACAAUUCAAAACCAAAAGUCAUUGAUCUUUCUCAGUACAGCCCAACUUACUUUGGACCAGARCAUGCUCAAGUUCUUUCUGGUCACUUGCUGCAUUCAAGCUUGCCAGGUCUGACGAGGAURGAGCAAAUGUCAUUGAUGGCCUUGGCAGAUACAAUUGCUACUACCAGUACUGACAUUGGAGAAAGCAGAGACAGAAGUCAGGGUGGAGAAACUCUUGAUGAGUGUGGUUUAAAAUUUUUAUUGGCUGUUCGUCUUCACACAUUUCUGACAACUGCGCUUCCUCCUGUGCAUCGAGCUCAGCUGCUUCACCAAGGCUUAUCUACUAGUCAUUUUGCCUGGGCAUUUCAUUCUGUAGCGGAAGAAGAACUCCUGAGUAUGCUCCCUGCAGUGCAGAAGGGAGAUCCAACAUGGUCAGAGCUCAGAGCUAUGGGUGUAGGAUGGUGGGUUCGAAAUAUCCACAGCCUGCGGAAAUGCAUAGAAAAGGUGGCUAAAGCAGCUUUCCAGAGAAACAACGAUCCACUUGACGCUGCCAUUUUUUACCUGGCAAUGAAAAAGAAGGCUGUUAUCUGGGGAUUAUACAGGUCCCAAAAAGAUACUAAAAUGACACAGUUUUUUGGAAACAACUUUACUGAGGACAGAUGGCGUAAAGCAGCAUUAAAGAAUGCUUUUUCUUUGCUUGGCAAACAGCGUUUUGAACAUUCUGCAGCAUUUUUCUUGUUGGCAGGACACUUAAAAGAUGCAGUGGAGGUCUGCCUUGAAAAACUGCAUGACAUUCAAUUGGCUCUUGUAAUAGCAAGACUUUAUGAAUCAGAGUUUGAAGUAUCUAGUACUUACAAGUCUGUACUGCAAAAGAGAGUUUUGGGAAGUGUGUCUACUGGAAAAGAGAGUGACCCUUUUCUACGAAGUAUGGCAUACUGGAUUUUGGAAGAUUAUAGCAAGGCUCUUGACACUUUGAUUAAACAUUCUGUGCAAGACGAAGGAGGUGAAGGAGAUGGCUCAUCAAAUUGCAACCCUGCAGUGUUUAACUUCUAUAACUACUUAAGAACACAUCCUCUCUUGCUAAGACGUCAUUUUCGGUCUUCUGAUACAUCUUCCACACACAUUUGCCUAACAGUAGAAAACGGAUUAGCUGACAAAAUCAACCUAGGUGAAAGACGGCUGUUUUUCACCACUGCAUAUGCUCAUCUAAAAGCUGGUUGUCCUAUGUUGGCCUUAGAAGUGUUAUCAAAGAUGCCCAAAGUUGUCAAGAGGUCAAAAUCACUCUCUAAAUCCCCCAGUUUAAUGGAUACUAGUAAAGAUUUCUCACCAUAUUCUCCAGUUAAAGAGUUUGAAACAAAAGAUCAAGCUUCCAGCAUUGAUUGGUCACAGCCAAUAUUCAAUGGUCUAGGUUCAUCUUCAGAUUGUUCAUCAGGAAAACAUUCAAGUUCCACUCUUUCCUUUGAUUGGAGCCAGCCAAGUGCUCUAUUCCAAGAGGAACAGUUGCAUCUGCAGUUAGACAGUGAUGAAAAUGAUGACAGUGAAGAUUCUUCCCUGGUGAUGAAAGAGCUAAAACCUCUGAAGAAAACUGAAAAAUUAAAUGAAACAAGCUCUAGCUACACAGAAUCUUUUAGUGUAGUUGAUGACAAAGAUAUUCUAAACCCAUCAGAAGAUAUCAUUUCAGCACAGUUGAAGUUUAGGGCGUGCCUGAAAAUUCUUACUGUGGAACUUCGUACGCUGUCCACUGGCUAUGAAGUAGAUGGUGGGAAAUUGCGGUAUCAGCUUUACCAGUGGCUUGAAAGAGAGGUGGUAGCUCUUCAGAAGACCUGUGAUUAUGGUGUUGAAGCAGAAGAGAUACAGUCAGGAAUAAGAGGGAUGCCAGAGGAAGCUACAUUACAUGAAAACACUGAAGAAUUAGCUGACCAGCAAAAAACUAUGCUACAGAAAGAAGACUUUCARAAAAGACGUCAGUGGCUUCUGAAGUACCAGUCUCUCCUAAGAAUGUUCCUCAGUUACUGUAUACUUCAUGGCUCACAUGGUGGAGGGUUGGCAUCUGUCAGAAUGGAAUUAAUUCUGCUAUUGCAAGAAUCUCAGCAGGAGCAGUCASUCCAGAUACCUUCCAGCCCUCCACCAGAGCAAAGUUCCAUACCUCUCCUAUUUGCUUGCACAGCUAGUGCCAAAACAGUGGUGGCUAAUCCAUUGCUACAUCUUGGCAAUUUAACUCAUGACAUAUUACAUGCUAUAAUAAACCUUGAUUCGCCACCUCAUCCAGAUUCUCAGAACAGCAAGAUAUAUGUAAUGCAUACCUUAGCAGCAUCGCUCUCUGCUUGCAUCUACCAAUGCCUCUGUGAUGGCCACAGCUACAGCUCAUUUCAAGCAAAUCAGUUCACUGGGACAGUGUAUCAGACAGUCCUGUUAACUCAGCGUCAUUCUUUAAGAGCAACAAGCUUAGAAGAAACAGUGACUCCCAACACAUCMCCUGCUCAGUGGCCAGGAAUGACGGCUCUAAUACGUCUCUUGAAUUCUGCUGGUGAGGAGGCCCAGCCAGGUCUCACGGUUCUACUUUGUGAAAUUCUAACUGCAGUCUAUCUCAGUCUGUUCAUCCAUGGCCUUGCAACACAUUCUAGCAAUGAGUUGUAUAGAAUUAUGGCUCAUCCACUUAACAACAAAAUGUGGUCUGCUAUCUUUGGAGGAGGUGCUCAUACACCCAGCAGAGGACAGCAGCAAUUAAAGACAAAAACUGGUAGGCACUUCCCAAUGCCUAGCCCACAUCAGGUAGUAGUGUUCUCCAUGGAAUGCGUGGGGUUUUCCAAAUCCCUUACUUCCUUCAGUACUCAUAGUCCUACCAAAUCUUCAGAUGAUGGAGAGAAACAGCAAAAACAUUACAGACUUGCAUCAACAACAUCUCCAAAAGAGAGUUCUCAGUUGCCUGCAUUGCCAUUGGUAGACCAACACUCUCCAUUUUACAAAGAAAGAUUUAUCCCUCCUGAGCUUAGCAUCUGGGAUUAUUUCAUUGCAAAGCCAUUUCUUCCAUCGCAAAGUAGAGUGGAAUAUGAUUCAGAAGAGAGUCAGGAAAGUGAUGAAGAUGAAGACAUUGAUGGGGAUAUGUUUGCAUCAAAUUCACAUAAUCAAGAGCAUUCUAAUUCAAAUUCUUACAGUUGGUCACUGAUGAGAUUGGCAAUGGUUCAGCUGGUACUUCACAAUUUGAAGAUUUUCUACCCUUUGGCUGGACAUGAUCUUUCAGAGCUUCCAGUUAGCUCCCCGAUAUGCCAUGCAGUUUUGAAAACGUUACAGCGCUGGGAGCAAGUUCUUCUCAGACGUCUUGAGCUAUAUGGAGGUCCACCUCAGCAGUUUAUUUCAGUUCAUGCUUCUGAAGAUGCCCUUGCUGCUGGUCCUGCACUGCUGCGCCACAAAACUUUACUUGAGCCUACAAACACUCCUUUCAGAUCUAGCAGCCAGGUUGCAUUGUCUGUGAAGAGGCUGUGGCAAUACUUGGUCAAACAGGAAGAAGUCCAGGAAACUUUUAUCAGGAAUAUUUUUACAAAGAAGCGAUGCCUAAAUGAGUCAUUAGAGGAGCACAAUGAAACUAUGAAAAAUUCUGUGGCGGAGGAGCCCAUCAUCAAUAAGAUAGAAACAGAUUUGGGAUACCCAGGUGGCAAGGCAAGAAUAAUCCAUAAAGAGUCUGAUAUCAUUACUGCUUUUGCAGUCAAUAAGGCAAAUCGAAACUGCAUUGCAAUAGCAUCAAGUCACGAUAUUCAGGAAUUGGAUGUUUCUGCAAUUUUAGCUACGCAAAUCUAUACCUGGGUUGAUGAUGAUACGGAAAUAGAAAAUAAAGGGGCUGAUGAUUUCCUAGUUAUACAUGCUCGUGAUGAUCUGGUAAAUGUUCAGGGAACCACUCCUUACACUCAUAGUAAUCCUGGCACACCUAUCAAUAUGCCUUGGCUCGGUAGUACACAAACUGGCAGGGGUGCAUCUGUGAUGCUCAAGAAAGCUAUUAAUAAUGUCAGAAGAAUGGCUUCUCAUCCAACACUGCCAUAUUACCUGACAGGUGCUCAAGAUGGUAGUGUAAGAAUGUUUGAAUGGGGUCAUGCACAGCAAAUCACAUGUUUUCGUUCUGGUGGCAAUUCAAGAGUAACUCGAAUGAGAUUCAAUUAUCAAGGAAAUAAGUUUGGAAUUGUUGAUGCUGAUGGAUAUAUAAGUUUAUAUCAAACAAAUUGGAAAUGUUGCCCACUUACUGGAACUUCACCUAAACCAUAUUUGACAUGGCAGUGUCACAACAAAACAGCCAAUGACUUUGUUUUCAUCAGUUCAUCAUCUUUGAUAGCUACAGCAGGAUUUUCUUCUGACAACAGAAAUAUUUGUCUUUGGGAUACUCUGGUUUCUCCUACAAAUAGCAUGGUGCAUGCUUUUAUCUGUCAUGAUAGUGGAGCAACUGUGCUAGCAUAUGCUCCAAAACAUCAGUUGUUAAUUUCUGGAGGCAGAAAAGGCUUUACCUGUGUAAUUGAUCUUCGCCAAAAGCAGCAGCAACAGUUACUCCAGAGUCAUGAUUCUCCAGUCAAAGCAAUUGCUGUUGAUCCUACAGAAGAGUAUUUUGUCACGGGAUCUGCUGAAGGCAACAUAAAGGUGUGGAGUCUGUCUACAUUUAAUCUUCUUCACACUUUCAUCAAUGAGCAUGCCCGACAGUCUCUCUUCAGAAACAUUGGGACAGGAGUCAUGCAAAUUGAGACAGGACCAGCAAAUCACAUAUUCUCCUGUGGUGCUGAUGGAACAGUAAAGAUGAGAAUCUUGCCUGAUAGAUUCAGCCCUUUAAAGGAUGUGUUAAAAAAUGAUGUGAAGUUUAUGAUCUAAUGUUUUUCUCAGAAUAAUGAAUAACAUUCCCCUUCUGCCUCCCUGAAAAUAUUUUUCCUGGAACUAACCAACAAAGCAGAUGCACAAUGAUAGCUUGUGACAAAGAUGUUUUGGGGAUUUUUCUUUCUCUGCCCCCGCUUCCCUAUUUAUUAAUUACCUGGAGCUUUUAGUCCGUGAUGCACUAAUGCCUUAAAGACUAACAAGGUCCUUCACAUUUUGAUCAUUGCCUAAAAUAAAAGCUAAAUAUGACUCCAAAUUACAUAGUUAUAAUAUUAAAAUGUUGCUGAAGUGGUUUACUCUUCUUCUUGAGGCAGUUGCACUCUCACCUUGAGUGUACCACCUGGGCUUGACCUCUGCUUGUAUUCAACACCUGGCCACUUUGUAAAAGCAUCUCUGUCCUGAUCGAAACCUUAGGUAAUGCUUUUUCACUGUGGUAACCAUACAUGUUUCUCUUCUCAAUUUGUUUAGUGAGCCAAAAAAAAUUUAUACCUAUGUGCAGAAGAGAAACAAAGUCUGUAGGAGUGAAUACUCCUGGUCAUGCAAGCAUUAAUCUAACAAGCCACUCUCUCUCCAUUCCUGGAAUCGAGGCUAUUUACCUCUCUAACUUGCCUGAUCUCCUUCCUCUCAUCUAGGGUAUAAGAAACUGAAGGAUGUUCUGUAACUUGUCUUCUGUUCUAUAGCUUGAAUCACUGCCAUCAGGAUGGCAGAUUUACCUUUUAAAAAUAAAUAUAUUUUUGACCCUGAACACUCCCUUUACAAAAACAAAGUGUAAAUAUGAAUGAAUAUCUUCCUAGUAAAAUAGUCAAGAUUAUGUGUGAAGCCUUAGACUUGAUAAAAAAAGAUACAGGAAGAUACUGCUUUAGGAUAUGGCACUAGAAUUUCUUCAAAGACUAUUUAUUUAGGUGUCUGUAGAGGAAAUAAAAGAAAAACCCAUCCUAAUUUAUUUCUACUUUUUUUUCCAGUAAGACUUUUAUUUAGCCCAAAGAUAGUUCAUUCUUAGCACUUACAUUCUUGUUUGUCUAGUUUUCCUAAGUACUUUACAAAAGGAAAAAGGAAAAAGUACUUCAAAAGCAAAGUGCUUCUACACUGUCAGUCUUUCUUUCCUGAUAUUUAUGUUUACAUCUGGUGUCAGAUGAAAGAAAACUAAUUGAAAAGGAUAGAUGUAGAGGGGAUUUUUUGCCAAAUUUAUAACCUGCAUAACUUAAAUGUUUGACCAAAUUAUUAAUGCACAAGGCCUUUACUUUUGUUUUUUUUUAAGUCGGCUCAACUGUUUCUGUAUGUAUUUUGGUUUACUUUUCCUUACUUGAGAGCUUGACAAAGGUUUAAUUUGUAAAUUAGAUGUGAGGCUGAAUUACUUGAAUGCCAAUGGUGUACUUUUUGCUAAAAGAUAUUUUGUGAAAUAUAGCACCAAGAUAUUAACUGUAAAAUAAACUUGUCAAAUUAUGGAACUAUGGGGAUAAAUAAAGCAUAGCAGAAAUGAAGGGCUUGUAUAAUGAAAUAUGUAACAUUCUCAGGAUGCUUUUAUCUUAAGAAUAUAAAGUUGUUUAAAAAGAUUUUGUAAAAUGUAUUAAGGUCAUUUUAAAUGUGUGUUUCGCAAGUUGCAGUGCAAACACUAUGAAGGUUUAUAUGCACAUAACCUGAAUUUUCAAAUUGUGCAAUAAAAAGAAUGUGAAUGUUUUGCCAUGAAGAAACAUGUGACAGCAUUUCAAACUGGUACAGCUGUUCAGUGGUUCAAUUGUAAUUGUUCUUCCUUAACACUUAUAGAUUGAAAUUGAGCUUGAUAUCGAAACAGUUUAAGUACAGUGAUGGGCCAGAAAAGUGACUAAAAGUGACACCACCUUACAAAACAGACUUGUCCCGUGAGUAUUGUGUUAUCCACUCAGUGGCUGAGUUUCUAAUAUUCUUUAUUCUUGUGGAAGAAGGAAAACAGUGGAGUAAACAGUAGCACACUUCUUUAGAAUCAGCUGAAACCCUGACUUUUUAGCUGCUUAUAUACAUGCGUCAGUUUUAUACACCCACUGAACUAACAAAGUUACAUGUGCAAAAAUCAUGGCAGUAUUAUAUAAUUAUGUCCUUGAUGUUUUGUCCUUAAAUAUUUAUAUCUCAUUAGCUUUAAUACUCCAAGCUCAAAUCUAUUGUACUGGCAAUCACAAAAAGCUGUCUUACCAUCUGCGAACUGAGCAGGUUUUAAAUGUAAUUUGCCAAGACAUACAAUGUUGUCAUUUUUCCGAGUAAAGCUGCACUUUGAAAAAACCUGGCAAACUUAUGCUUAUACCAGAAAAGUACUGACCAUGAACAGGCAUUUCCAAUAAUGUUUAUAAUUACCAUAAGCUAGUCUCAAAAGUAAAUUAUGUAAAAUCACAAUGUGUUUGCCACACCUUUAUAAUCUUUCCAAUAAAUCCUGCAGAAACUCAACCCUCUAGAGUUCCAUGUUGCUGCUACUUCAUUUACAAAUCAGUUGUUAGCUUGCAUAUUGUUCAUUGAUGUUUAACUAUUGUAUGACAAAUUAUCAGUAGCUUUCUUGUAAUGAUGAAGUCAAAAUGAGUUAAAUUCUGUUGUAUCUGAAACUCGUAAAGGGACAAUUUCAACUUUGCAUGUAGUCAUUGGAAAGAAAUUAACUCGAAACCGUCUGGCUGUUGCCCUUAACUUCCACUGACUUUUGUCCUCCAGCAAUUACUGUUUUUUCCCUGUCGCUACGCAAGUUAGUCAAACUUAAGGGUACUAGUGCCUACAGAGGGCCCUGUGCUUAAAGUAGCCACAUGCACAAAUUGAACGUAAAAUUUGCAUUUGCCAGUGCUUAAUCAAUAACGAUUUGUUGUCCAGACAAAAUAAUUUAGCUUGUAGUUGAUAAUGUCCCUUUUAAAUAUCAUAGGCUGGGAGUUGUGACUUGUGUUUGUGUAACAAUACAUAAUGCUGUCGGAGUGUGUCAUUCCUGUGUUGCUAACUGAUUCCAUUACCUCAGAUACAUGAUCCAAAUUCUUUCUGAUUACUUCAGUACGUUGUAAAGCUAAAACUCUGGCCAUUCGGGUACUUAAACUGGCUUGCUGUGUGACUUUACUCCAGAAAAUUCUCAGCCAACAGCUGACAUUGUGGGAUAUUGAUGGAGAAAGGUGAAAUAGGUGCAGACUUUGUACCACACCAAGGUGGUGCAGGGUGAGGUCAUACAAGUUCUACUGCGUUUUAGGAACCUCAGAACCAGUGGCAGGAAAUAAACUAUGGAGAUAUCCUACACUAGUACCCCCUUCCUCUUUCGAGCACCCAGUGUUAGAUUAGAUGCAAUAGUUACGAAAAAGCAACAGUGAUUAAGGGGAAAUAAGCUUGGAGAUUAUACAUUCUYCAAGGUAAUUAUUUUAAAAUGUUUAUUUUUACUAAAAAUAGCAAAACCAUCGCUAAUGGCAGGUUCAGCACACUGAUCAAACUACUUUCUAUAAAAUAAAGAUAUUGAUUUAUGAAGUUUCUUAGUCUUUGUUAUUCCUCCCAUUUCUAGCUCUAAAAUGUGUAUGAUUCCAGUAUUUCUCUUUUUUUCCUAAUGCCUUACUGUCUCACACUUUAUCUUUCCGUGUACUAGCUUUUUGGUGUUUUGGGGCUGUUUUGGUGU